ACUGCUUCCCCAGACGAAGCCAGUAAAUAUCAGGCGAGCUAGCAGGCUGUUAGCUACUCCCAGCUUCAGCAGCGCAGACCAUGUUUUUCCAGCCAUUAUCAGCCAGUUAUCGCUCCAGCGUUUGUAGCCUGUGUGGCGAUGCGUUUCCUUAAGCGAUGAGCCCGCAGUAAGACAACCUCCGUCCUUUAAAUCAAACCUGUAGCGACUUGGCUGGCUUCACGGGUUAGCUUACCGUUAGCAAGCAAGCCGCGUCCAGAGAAGGUGUCGUUGCUAGUGACUAUGCAAGGGGAAACUGCGGCGAUACGGAUCACGGAAAACGAAGGCAAGCUGGAUGUAUAUCCCCAGAACAGGACCCCGAGCUCGGGGAGAGCGAGUGCCAAAAGCUGGCAGUACAGUGACCACAUGGAGAAUAUCGAUGGAUACCUGAUGAAAUACACCAACCUGGUAACGGGCUGGCAGUACAGGUUCUUCGUCCUAAACAAUGAAGCGGGCCUGCUGGAGUAUUUUGUCAAUGAGCAGUCGCGGCAGCAGAAGCCCCGUGGCAUGCUCCCCCUGGCUGGGGCCGUCAUCUCUCCGAGCGACGAGGACUCGCAUACCUUCACCGUCAAUGCCAUCAGCGGGGAGCAGUACAAGCUCAGGGCCUCUGAUGCCAAAGAGAGGCAGCACUGGGUCAGCAGGCUACAGAUCUGCACGCAACACCACACAGAGGCCAUGGGGAAGAGUCACCCCCCGCCAAAGUCCCGCAGCUACUCUGUGGCGUCUCAGGGCAGCGGCAGCUCCCCCAUGUCCAUGCGGCAGCCCGGCCAAAACGCCACCUCUUUGUUCGGCUGGUCGCAGGUCAAAGGCUCGUCGGUCUACUCCAGCAAGAGGUCCCUGCUGCCCGACCACCUGGGGGACGCAAGAGAGAUGAUGAGCCAGGCUCAGGGCCAGCAUAAAGACCUGAUCCAGGGCAUCGAAGGCCUGCCUGCAACCCCUGGCCUCUCCCCUCUAGACCAGGACCUGCUGAUGCUCAAGGCCACAUCCAUGGCCACCAUGAACUGCCUCAAUGAGUGCCUGCAGAUCCUCCACCUGCAGCAGGUGGCCCGACAGAGGAGCUCCCUGGGAGGACCCACCAUAGAGUGGCUGGCGCCCAAACUGCCCGACAUCCUGAAGAACGGUGGCAGCUCCCUGGGCAGCUUCGUGACGGGGGAGGGCCCGCUGGAGGGGAGCCGCUUGGAGCUCAGCACCCCUGAAUCCUGCAACUUCUCUGGGGAGCAGGAAGACAUAGAUGCAGAGGAUGAGCUGGAGGACUUCUUCACCGACAAGGAGGAGGACCUGGGUGCUGUGGAGGAAGAGCGCAGCGUCAUCCUACACCUGCUGUCGCAGCUGAAGCUGGGCAUGGACCUCACGCGGGUGGUCCUCCCCACCUUCAUCCUAGAGAAGCGCUCUCUGCUGGAGAUGUACGCAGACUUCAUGUCCCAUCCGGACCUCUUUAUGGCCAUCACAGACGGCAGCAGUCCAGAGGACCGCAUGGUCCGGUUUGUGGAGUACUACCUCACCUCCUUUCACGAGGGCCGCAAGGGUGCCAUUGCCAAAAAGCCCUACAACCCCAUCAUCGGAGAGACCUUCCACUGCUCCUGGAAGGUACCCAAGAAACCAGACGCCUCCAAGGAGCCUUCGCAGGGAAGCCCCGACUCUGCCACUACCGGCGAGGACUCCUACCAAGUGCGCUUUGUGGCGGAGCAGGUUUCCCAUCAUCCCCCUGUGUCUGGUUUCUACGCUGAAUGUCAGGAGAGGCGGAUGUGUGUGAACACACAUGUGUGGACCAAGAGCAAGUUCAUGGGGAUGUCCAUUGGAGUGUCGAUGGUAGGGGAAGGCUGUCUGUAUUUGCUGGAGCACGAUGAGGAGUACACCUUCACGCUGCCCUGCGCCUACGCCCGCUCCAUCCUCACCGUUCCCUGGGUGGAACUUGGUGGUAAAGUCACCAUUAACUGCGCCAAGUCGGGUUACUCUGCAGUCAUCACUUUCCAGACUAAACCAUUUUAUGGGGGCAAAUUACACAAAGUAACAGCGGAGGUGAAGCACAACCUCACCAAUGUGGUGGUGUGCCGCGUGCAAGGCGAGUGGAACGGCGUUUUGGAGUUCAGCUUCACCAACGGGGAGACAAGGGUGGUCGACGUCACCAGGCUGCCUGUGACAAGGAAAAACGUGCGGCCGAUCGAGAAGCAAGGACCGACUGAAUCCAGGCGCCUGUGGCAGCACGUGACUGAGGCUUUACGGCAGAAAGACAUCGAGAAAGCCACCGAGCACAAGCGGGUCCUCGAGGAGAGGCAACGGACAGAAGAGAGGCACCGCGCCGAGACUGAAACCCCCUGGAGGACUAGAUACUUUGACAGAGAGGGCGAAGGCUGGAUUUAUCACAAGCCACUUUGGAAAAACUCUGCAUUCAAAUCCUAGUCUCUUCAGCCCCCUAUCUUGGAUGUUGAUAUUGUAUAUUCAGGAAUGUGUGUGUGAGUGUGUCCACGUGCGAAUGUGUGUCUGUGUGCACACGCAUGCGACUGAUGGUUAUGAAAAGAAAAGCAUGACCUGCACUGACGUACAGACGAAUGCGACCCCGGGGGGGAGAAGGACAGAGACGGCAUGGCCGAAGGUGUCCUCGAAUCUCAUGAUGUUCAGGAAGCCUCCGAGUACAAGCUUUUGUACUGCUGAUUAGUUUCUUUUCUUUCUUUUUUUUUAUAAUCCAAUGUCAGUGAAAACAUUCUUGUACAGGUAAUGGUACUCUAUUUACACCGCCUUAAGAUGAUCUGGUGAAUGAUGCUCUGUUUGGACUCGAAUGAUCUGCAUAGACGUGGUUUCUUCUUUUUAAGCUGUGGUUUUCCCCGAGGGUAAAGCAAAUUUUGAUGAAUUCCUUCUUUAAAUAAGAGAGAAAACCCCAAAUAAUUGGAUCAAAUGCCUCAUAAUGUGGAUUCUGUGUAUUUGAGGUGAUAAAAGAGAAGUCAUUCCCUCUGUUACUGAAUGUAUUUACAUGCAUGUGGUAUUUUGAACUGGGCAGUACAGGAGCAUUUGGUGGAUGCCUCUCAGAGUAAUUAUUAAAUAGUAAUUUAAUGAAUAUAUAUAUAAAACAGCACACUAAACCGUGCUUAUGUUAACUUUGUGGACUUUGGAUUGAUGGAUGUAAAGAAAAAUGCUCAAAAGUAUUUUAGAUCCAAAAAGAAUCCAAUCUGAAUACUGAAUUCACACACUGUUUACUAUAGACUGCACUGCACUUACUCUUUACUCUGCUCAUUUAUCAGGGUUAAUUUAUCUCAUUAUUUCCAAGGUAAGGUCCUAGGCGCACAGGCCUAGAGACCUGUUGGUAACCACCAAUCACUGGGGAAAAAUGAGUAUUCCCCCACCAACUGGCAAGUUGUAACAGGUGGUUGCUGGCGGUUGCAAGGUGAAAUCGGUUGCAAAGAGGUUGCACUAGAAACCUCUUGCAUUUGCUUUGGUUGCUGUGGUUGCAUGUAGUUUGCGUGAACGAUGGCGACUUGUCUGCAAAUACUCUGAGCCAAAGUGAAACUAUGAACGCAAAUGCAAACCUGAAAUGGAGACUGUUCACCUUCAAAGUAAAAGUGUGUCUGACCACUGAAAACAUGUUUCCAAAAAGUUAACAAACAAGAAAAAGUGUAUUCCCCAGCUGGUUGGCAAGUGGUUGCUGGCAGUUGCAAGCUGAAAUCGUCUCAGAGUUUUGGGUUAGGUACUACACCAAACAACACCUUGCAAUUGCUUUGGUUGCUAGCAGGUUUGCAAUGGAAGACACCGACUUGUCUACAAACACUUUCUGAGCAGGAGUGAAUCCCAAGAGUUUGACGCAAACUGGAAAUGGAGGUCUUUGGUGUAGCACCUAACCCAAAACUCUUUGAGACAAUUUCAGCUUGCAACUGCCAGCAACCA